AGAAAGAAGGGUUUUCCCAUAGGGGAAAAGAUUUCUAGGGUUUCUGAGAUCUAUCAUCCUCCCAACUACAGAAAUGGUGCCCUUCAGGUUCCAUCAGCAUCAGGUGGUUGGGAGAGCUCUCCCUUCGGCGACCGAUGAGCAUCCGAAGAUUUACCGGAUGAAACUGUGGGCCACGAAUGAGGUUCGCGCGAAAUCCAAGUUCUGGUACUUUCUUAGGAAACUCAAGAAGGUUAAAAAGAGUAAUGGGCAAGUGCUUGCCAUCAAUGAGAUUUUUGAGAGGAAUCCCACCACUGUCGAGAACUAUGGAAUUUGGUUGCGGUACCAGAGCAGAACUGGUUACCACAAUAUGUACAAGGAAUACCGGGACACCACCCUUAAUGCUGCCAUUGAGCAGAUGUAUGACGAGAUGGCUUCUCACCACAGGGUAAGGUCUCCUUGCAUUCAGAUCAUCAAGACAGCUACCAUACCUGACACGCUUUGCAAGAGAGAGAAUACCAAGCAAUUUCAUGAUUCCAAAAUCAAGUUCCCGUUGAUGUUCAAGAAGGUUAGGCCACCAACUAGGAAGCUUAAGACAACAUUCAAGGCAUCGAGGCCUAAUUUGUUCAUGUAAUUCUGAUCAAUGAUGUCUGCGACUUUGUGUUGCCAGAUCAGAUUCGUUGAAACUAUUAGAAAGUUGAGAUGCUUCCAAGUUAUUUGGGAUUUUGGUCUCUAUGGCAUAAGCUUUUCUUUAUUAGUUUUUAUAUUUUAGAAAUUUUAAGUGUGGUUUAAGACAUGAUGGUGAAGGAUAUUAACUUGUUUUUUA